AUGGGACUUAGCAUUAGUAGAUUACUUUCAACUCUAUUCUCAAAGAAGGAUAUUAGGAUCUUGAUGGUUGGUCUAGAUGCCGCUGGUAAAACAACUAUUCUGUACAAACUGAAGCUUGGUGAGAUCGUUACAACAAUCCCAACAAUUGGUUUCAAUGUAGAAUCAGUGGAGUACAAGAACAUCAACUUUACAGUUUGGGACGUUGGUGGACAGGACAAGAUUAGACCGUUGUGGCGUCACUACUUCCAAAACACUCAAGGACUGAUAUUCGUCGUCGAUUCAAAUGACAGAGAAAGAAUCCAAGAGGGCUGUGACGAGCUUCAAAAGAUGUUGAACGAGGAUGAGCUUAGAGACGCCAUUGUGUUGGUGUUCUGCAACAAACAAGAUUUGCCCAAUGCAAUGAGUGUUGCAGAAGUUACAGACAAGCUCAACCUACAUGCCCUUCGCAGGAAGUGGUUCAUUCAAUCUGCAUGUGCGACGUCUGGUGAUGGACUUUACGAAGGUCUUGAUUGGUUGGCAGCCAACAUUAAUAAUUCUUAA